AUGCUUGCACCAAAGCACAUUCGGACCAGGUUGACUCUCGAGGAGUUCUUGGAAGGGGAAUCUGGACAAGGCAUGGCGACCAAUGUGUCCGAUUACGCUUCCUUGGCCGACUUCCUUCAUUGGCUCGCAGGAGAAGAUUUGGUCUUGCUGGCCUUCAAGGGCACUCGCCACGCGAUUUUUCCACAACAACGUCGUGGACCUUUAGUGCACGUGGUUUGUGGUGUCCUGGCGAUUGGCGCCUUUCCACUCCUGGUGCAGCUGGGCGCUGAGCGGUUCUUUGGCUAUCCCGACCUGGUGGAGUUGAAAAGCACCACUGGGACCAUCGCAGAGAUCGAACUCGAUGGAGUGAUGGAGAGACCCAGCUGGUCACUGCAGACUUUGCAGACGCUGGUGAACCCCAAGGCUCGGCGAAAGAAGUUUGUCUUCCUUGGCGAUGAGAUGGCGGCGAGACUCCAGGUGAGGACAACUUACCAGAAGACCUCGACGGUUCAGCUUUGCUGCCGCAAUGGAGAGAUUGGACAGAUUCCCUGUAGCAGUGGGAAGCUCAAUCAUCGCUUGAUCAAGUUUUUCACCCAGCCUGUGGACCUGGAUGUUCCGCCCAAUGUAUCCAGCGACUGUCAACUCAUCUUGCAAGGCUUUAGCAGCCGUGCAGUGACCCAUAUUCCUGUGGAGCUGACACCAAAGCGAGAACACCACCUGUGUGACUGCACGCUGGAGGGCUGCAAGUGCUGUGGAGGGUACAAAGGAUCUUUGAGGUUUAACUCCUCCAGGUCCUUGGAGAUCCCGGCCAAGGGCUACAAGAGCUUGAGCAGUCUUUGCACUCCUGCACGUUGCGAUGUGGCCAAGUCAACUGGAGAAGCUGGACCCAAUUGCAAAUGUCAAGACAAAUAUGUUGGCCAAAUCCUGUGGAACGGCUCCAUUGCCAUGGGCAAGUGUGAGCCCGCACCCUGCAAGGGAGACUUGCUCAAUGGACUGCCAGGACCUGACUGCAGCUGCAAAGAUGGUUACACAGGCAAGACGAGGAUGGUUGAAGACUUCAUUUCUGUUUUUCCUGGCUGCUUGGAAGCGGAAUGCAAAGUUCCCAACUCCACCGGCAAAGGCCCGAAAUGCAAGUGUCAGAAUGGUUUCGAAGGAGACAUUAGAUGGAAGGGUGCUGAGGCGCAUGGCUCUUGCAAGCCUGCUUGGUGCAACGUAUCGAACUCCAACCAAAAACGAGGGCACCAGUGUGCAUGCUUGGAGCUGUACCAAGGCAAGAUCCACUGGGAUGGAGCAAUUGCAAAAGGAACAUGCGAGCCAAUGACAUGUGUGGGGGAAAAUGUGAAUGGUCUACGAGGACCUGACUGCACUUGCUUAAAUGGCUACCGGGGAUCAGUGUUGCCGAUCCAGCUGCCAAUGGAUGGUUCCGGAGUGGCAGGGUUUCUAAAAGGAACCUGCAAAGCUGUGCCUUGCAACAUUACCAAUUCAAAUAAGGUUUUAGGUCCUGGAUGCCAAUGCAAAGCGGGAUUCAAAGGAAACAUCACAUGGAAGGGACCAGUGCCCUAUGGGAGUUGUGAAGCUUCUCUUUGUGACAUUGCUAAUUCCAACGGGAAACCAGGCCCUGCCUGUAAAUGCAAGUUUGGUUUCGGUGGCAAAGUCCAAUGGCGUGGCCCUCAAGCAUUUGGAACUUGCUGGCCUCUCCAUUGUGCGGGGCAGCAUGUCAAUGGUGUUGCAGGCCCUGGCUGCAGCUGUGCCGACGGUUUUGCUCCUGCUGGAAAGUUUGCCUACGCCUACACAAACCUUGCAUCACCAGGGAUAGCGAAUGAUAUUCAGGCAAUCGUCUUCAGAUAUUCGGGCAGAAUCAACUCAAUGGUUGGAAACUGCUCUGAGGCACCUUGCACAAUCGAGAACUCCAAUCGUGCUCCAGGUCCAUCCUGCCGCUGCAUGGACGGCUAUAGCGGCAGAAUCUCUUGGAAGGGCUCGAUCGCACAAGGCAGAUGCAAGCCCGCGCUUUGCAACAUUGCGAAUUCCAAUUGGAAUGGAGGCCUGGACUGUCACUGCCUCGACGGGUACCGGGGCCACAUCUCUUGGAAUGAGCACCAGCCAUCCGGAUCAUGUACAGCGGUGCCUUGCCGGAUUCCGCACUCAGACUUCGCACCGGGUCCUGAAUGCCAAUGCUUGCCAGGAUUCCAUGGCCAAAUCAAAUGGAUUGGAACACAGGCGACUGGAGAAUGCCUUCCUAUCCCAAGAUGUUCUCCCAACAUCGUUUAUGCAACUUGGCUGCAGGAUGAACUGAAGGAUCCUCAUGGUUAUGACUGUGAUCCUGGGCAGCAGCUGGUUUUCCAUGGGCAUGCGUGUGAUCAGGGGAAGGUCCAGUGGACUUCUGUGCGUUCACUUCUGCCUGGCAGGUGCAGAUGGGCUUUGUCCCUGGAAUGUGGUCAAGAUCCCGACAGCAAGGUGUCCCAACUCUUCUCGGCUGUUUCCCCGCAGCUGCCAGGAGAGUGUUCAGUGGAAGCAGCCGCACCUAGGUGUGACCCGCAGCUGGACUACACUGUUACAAGCCGCAGGGCAUCGGGAUAUAGCUGUGGUGCCGGAUCUGGCAAAGUCUCGGAAACCCAGCAAGUUCAGUUUCAAGGCCACCUUUGCGGCUACGAUCUGAUCCAGUGGGAAGCAGCAGUUCUUUUGCAGGAGCCAGCCUCGGACCCAUCAUUAGCACUAUCCUGUAGAAUCAAGAGUCUGUCUCACAACUCAUUCUCUUGUGGUGAGAUUCCUGAAGGUGAAGAUCUACCACGUGGCUGCUUGCAAAUGCACCAGGCCGCAAGCUUCAGGAUUUGGGAGUGGCAGGAGAAGACCGCGCCAUUUGAGCCCACGGCGCGCCAAUGGAAAUCUGUCUACUCCAUGAAGCUCUUUGAGAAUGGCAUGGCGGCCGUUCGUCACCUUGGGAAAGAUCAAGUGGGAAAAUCCUACUGGUCGACUGGCUGGUUUACUGACGGCAAGUACCUGGAUGUUCGCAUGCCCAACAUGAUGGACAACGGGGCUCCGCGACCUGGAUUCUUCUUCCGGGUGCUUGAUGAUGACUCCCAAGGCUAUAAGUUCCUAUCAUCCAACAAGCUGUUCCGGCUGAAAGCAUCAAACACUUUGCCUUCCUGGUGGGUUUCAGCUUUCCAAGACAGGACGGCCUCCGGCAAGAUUGAUUCAUUGUGGCAAUGUGAGCUGUCACACUACGAGAACGGCACUUGCUACCAAGCCAAGGUCGGCGUAGCAGUUCAAAUUUUUCAAUCAUCCAAGGAAAUGUGCUCUAGCUGGAUCGUCAAUCUCAACAAGUCUGCUGACUUUGACUACUUUACCUACCUUCACUCUGCACACGAAGUUCAGACAUAUGCCAGCAAAGCAGAAUGUUUGCCAAUUGCAGCGCGCCACGAGCUCCAGUUAGAGAUUGCGGAGAUUCACAGCGCUGGUCCAGGAGCAUUUGUGGUGGCCAGCAUGGAAACGCGCUGCCGCCAAACCCUUCGUUUUGUAGCCAGCGCUGCAGAUCUCACCAAGUGUAAGAACAAAGCCGAUGCACAGUGGAAAGCUCGUCAAAGGCCGUUUUCAAAUCAACAUACUGGUACUGAUGACGAUGACGAAGACGAGGACCAUGAUGAGGACUACGACUAUGAUGAGGAUGAGAACUACGACGACUUUGACAGCAUGGAUGAAAUGGAUGACAGCAUGGAUGACACAAGUCAUGCAAUGGAAGAGGUCGACUAG